UAUCCCAUAGUACUUUUUAUGGCGAGGUGAAAAGCAUCAUUUUGCCAAGUUAUCCCUUACAGUUCGUGAAUUAAUUUCCCCCACUUUUCUCAAUCAUUGCGGAAUUUUAACGCUGAAUAUCCCAGUAGUUAUUCCAGCUACGAAAUUAUGCUUCUUAAGAGCGACGCAGCGAGGUAAUGGCGGAUAAACGGAAGCUACAAGGUGAAAUUGACCGUUGCCUAAAGAAAGUACAAGAAGGUGUAGAGACAUUUGAAGAUAUCUGGCAAAAGGUUCACAGUGCGUCAAACGCGAAUCAAAAAGAAAAAUAUGAAGCAGACCUCAAGAAGGAGAUCAAGAAACUACAGCGGUUGCGAGACCAGAUUAAGACCUGGAUGGCGUCUAAUGAUAUCAAAGACAAGAGAACUCUCCAGGAAAACAGAAAACUUAUCGAGACGCAAAUGGAAAGAUUCAAGGUUGUUGAGAGAGAGACUAAAACCAAGGCCUAUUCUAAAGAAGGACUUGGACUUGCUGCAAAGAUAGACCCUGCAACCAAAGAGAGAGAGGAGGCCAGUAUUUGGAUUACAGAAGUCCUAGAAAGGCUACAAAUAGAGGUGGAUCAAAUUGAGUCAGAAAUUGAACAAGUUUAUGCAGGAUCACGCAAGAAGAAACUUGAUAGAGAUAGACAAGAUAAGGUGGAUGAAUUGCAAGAAUGGGCUGGUAGACAUCGGCACCACAACCAACAAUGGGAGACAAUCCUUAGAAUGUUGGACAACUGUACAAUACAACCAGAUGAUAUUAAGAAGUUACAAGAAGACAUGGAUUAUUAUCUAGACUGCUACAAGGAACCUGACUUCCAAGAAAAUGAAUUCAUGUAUGAUGACUUUGACCUUGAAGAAAACAUUGCAGCCUUAAACACUUUGGCAACUUCCCCUACUGAAGAUGAUGACAUAAUUGUCAAUCACAAUCAUGUUCCAAUGUCUCCAAGUUCUACAAUACCUCCAAACUCUCCUGGCACCCCAGGCACUCCAGGCACCCCAGGCACACCAACCACAACUGGACCAAACUCAGGCACAGGGACCAAGAUAAAUCUGAGCUCACCAAGGAAAAACUCAAAGAAUGAUGCUUCACAAGCAAAUAGUUUGCCAAACAACUCACCCCCUCGGACAUCAGCCUUCAAGAUGAACAAUUCAAGUCAGCCUGUAGUUACACAGACAACAUCAGCAACCACUACUGGUCCAACAAUUAUAAAAGCUAGUAAUACACCAGCAAAAGUUGUUAAUUCAACAAUCCACACAAAUGCAGUAGAAAAUCAUGAGGCCAGUAAUGGUGAGGAGCCUGUACAAAAGUCAUCUCAACCUAACACACCUCCUCCACCUGUGUCAGGAUAUGCUGUGGCUGCAGGCGCACAACAGAACCAUGUUGAAAGUGCACCUACAUCACCUGCAGUUUCAGUAGUACCAACAAGACCAGUGAAUCAUAUUUCAUCGGCAUCAACGACAGUACCAAGUAGUUUAUCAUGGACUAGUUCAGCGCCUGGAAAUGGCACUGAUCUCUCCACACAUACUAACCACUUUUCUGGUAAUUUCAACAGUACGUUAGAAUGCACAGAGUCAGAAAGUGUUGCAUCGAGUGUGGCUGAUUUUGUGUCAUCAAUUGCAUCAUUGUCCAUUACCUCUCCCCCAACGAUAUCAACAGCAGUACCACCUUCACAAUCCAACUCCUUACCUCCAUCAUCACCUAGUCUUAAUUCUGUCCUGGGGAUGAAGCCAUCAACAUCUGCAACACAGGUCCCGGUACAACCAGUGUCCACAAGUAUGACUUCAUCUCUUCCUCCAACUUCAGUACCGGUUUCUGCUCAAGGGUCAGAUUUAAGUGGGUUUAACUUGUCAAUGACUGCACCCCUUUCAUCAAAUUCUGGCCCAGUCUUACCUAACUCUACAGUGUCAAUGGGAAGUGAACCCUUAGUAUCAUCUGCUAAUCCACCAGCAUCAAUUUUAAGUGGUUCUCAUCUCAUGUCAAACUCAGGACCAACUCAGCAGCCUUCAACAUCUAAUUCAUUCUCAUCAUUGAAGUCCAUGGCUGCUCAAGCAGUGGCGACAGCUGGAUUGAACAAUUCUAUCUCGACGCCAACGGACUACAGCACAGAAAGUAGAGGUCUGUUUGACUCAAGCAGUAGUCAAACAACAGACAAGACCAAAGCAUCGCAAGAGACAAAUACUGCGCAUCUCCAGCCAUUACUGGGUGUGGCUCCAUUAGGUCCUGUGCCCCUAAACAAGGAGAGGUGUUAUCAGCUGGCUAUGUUGGAAACUGCAUAUCACCACCUACCUCUUCCAGCUGAUUCGGAGAAAGUCAGACCUUAUUUACAGCGCAGCCCUUACCCAACACCAGCGCAUCAUCAUCAACAUCCCCCACAACAUGUAGACUCGAUAGAAUUCUUCCAAAGAUUGUCCACGGAGACGCUCUUCUUUAUUUUUUACUACCAAGAGGGAACGAGAGCACAGUACUUAGCAGCAAAGGCUUUGAAGAAGCAGUCAUGGAGAUUUCACACCAAGUACAUGAUGUGGUUUCAGAGACACGAAGAACCUAAGGCAAUCACGGAUGAAUAUGAACAAGGCACCUACAUCUAUUUUGACUACGAAAAAUGGGGUCAAAGGAAAAAAGAAGGCUUUACUUUUGAGUAUAGAUACUUGGAAGACAAAGAACUCCCUUAGAAGUACUUAGGAACGGUUAAUAACCAGGCAUGGUCUAAAUCGCGGGACACUAACAAAGUUCACCCGAGAGCACGAGCAACAAAGGGUCCAUGAAGAGCACAAGGCACAUGGGCCUAGUGCUAGCAAACAGAACGUGGAAAUGAGAGAAAUCAAAACGUACAUUUUGUAUGAAGCGCUUGACUCGUGCAUUUUUUUUACCGGCUGUGUCUACGUUGGGUUAGUUUCAAGGGAUUGACGCAGCUGAUCUUGACAGCUUCGUACGACCUCGUCUGUUUUAUGAACACUGGCUUGUUUAUAAUUGUAAAUAUGAAUGCUAGCUCUAACAAUUCCGUUCAUUAAAAAAUUGAAGCAUAA